UCAAUUCACUGCCUUUUUCAGAUCGAAUGACUGAUUCAACUGAUCCAACUUUAACCUCACCUUCUACCUCUCAACAUGAUUUUGAUGAUGUUGAAAAACCUAUGGAAAUUGAAUCCAUCUGCCCAAACUGUCACGAAAAUGGAAUUACAAAGAUUAUUUCUAUCAACAUUCCUUUCUAUCGUCAAGUUAUUGUUAUGUCCUUUGCUUGUGAACAUUGUGGACUUCAAAACAAUAAUUUACAAUCGGGAGAACAGGCUCAGGAAUACGGAACAGAGAUUGUUUUAAAAGUGAAGAAUGCUGCUGAUCUGAACAGAACAGUUGUGAGGUCUGAAUAUGGAAUAUUCGAAAUCCCCGAGCUUGAACUUACAAUACCUCCAAAAUCUUCGUCUGGAGCCCUAACAACGGUCGAGGGUGUACUUCAAUCAGUUAAACAAGAUUUGGGCGAAACCCAGCCUUUACGUAAACAGCUGGAUGCUGCUAUGGCCGAUAAAAUUGAUCAAUUUUUGGAGAAACUUGACAAAUUUCUUUCCUUGGAAAAUUCAUGGACGUUGAAACUUCGCGACCCAUCAGGAAAUUGUUUCAUCCAAAACCCAAAUCCUUUCCAUGUUGACCCUCAUUGUAUUACUAGCCAUUAUUGCCGUUCUAUUGAUGAAGAAAAAUUAUUGGGAUUUUUGGAUGACGACCAAGUAAUCGAAUUAAAACAAAAAAUUGACCCGGCAGAACAAGCAGAAAAUGAAUGGAAAUCUUACCAGGAUGUGAAAAAUGAAGUUAUGCAUUUUAUGGGUCCGUGUCAGUCUUGUGGAGCUAUUUGUGAAACUAGAAUGAAACCAACAGAUAUUCCAUACUUCCAAACAGUAAUAAUAAUGUCAACAGAUUGUGAUCGUUGUGGAUUUAAAUCGAAUGAUGUAAAAAGUGGUGGAGUAACACAAGAUAAAGGAAUUCGUCUUUCGCUAAGGAUAAAAGAGCCAGUAGACUUAAAACGUGAUUUACUCAAGUCAGACACUUGUUCCGUUCAUAUACCUGAAAUUGAUACUGAAGUUGGUGCUGGAAUUCUUUGUGGACGAUUUACAACAGUUGAAGGUCUAUUAAUUGCUAUUUGUGAACAACUUGAACGUCAAGCACCAUUUUUUGUUGGUGAUAGUUGUACUGAAGAGGAAAAGAAAAAAUUUGUUGAAUUAAUUGAAAGAAUGAAAAAAUUUGUUAAAAUGGAAGAAGAAUGUACACUUGUGUUGGAUGACCCUUCUGGGAAUAGUUAUAUACAGAGUCUUACAGCUCCUCUCAACGAUGAAAGACUGGAUAAAGAAUUUUAUACAAGAACUUUUGAACAAGAUGAUGAUCUCGGAUUGAAUGAUAUGAGAGUGGAUAAUCAUGAAAAUCUUGGGGUAAUUGAAGAGGAUAAGGAGGAGGUGGAGGAAAUGGAUGGGGAAAAAGAUGAAGAGGAUUAUAAUAAAAAUUAA